AUGGCGAACCAAAACCCCCUCAACGUCUACUCAGGGCCUGACUCGAUGAGGAAGUAUUUUGACCCAGACUGCCAGCCGCCUUUGCCUCUUGUUGAGAUACCAGUUGCCUUGAAUCCGUUUUAUAACGAUGGCGUGCGUAUCUACGCAAAGAUGAUGUCGAUGCAUCCAGCCAACAAUGUAAAAGCCAUUCCAGCGCUUAACCUCCUGAAAUCAGACGUCAUAUCGGGGAAAACAAAAACUGUGAUCGAGUACAGCUCUGGCUCUACCGUCAUUUCAAUGGCAAUGAUUGCAAACAUAUUCCACGGGAUCGACGACGUCAGAGCAUUUUUGAGCAAUAAAACCAGUGAUGCGAAGCUUAAACUGAUGCAAUUCUUCGGUCUUGAUAUCACGUUGUUCGGUGGACCUUCGCAGCCCGAGCCACUGGAUGAACGUGGCGGGAUCCGCACGGCAAGACAAAUAGCACUGGAAUCCGAAGAAGUUAUCAACCCAAACCAGUAUGACAACAAGAGCAACUGGGGUGCACAUGUGCGGUACACGGGACCUCAAAUCAUCAAACAGCUCCCGGAAAUCAACGUCCUAUGCUCGGGAAUGGGAACCAGCGGGACUAUGACAGGGUUGGGAACAUAUUUCAAAGCCACUAAGCCCUCAGUGCUCAGGGUUGGUGUCUGUACAGCGCCGGGUGACCGCGUUCCUGGGCCAAGGUCAUACGCUCUCGUGUCUCCCAUACCGUUUCCGUGGAAGUCGGCCGUGGAUGUAAUCGAGGAAGUAGGCUCCCCAGAAUCUUUCUCACUGUCUCUCAAGCUAUGUCGACAAGGAUUGUAUAUCCAAGAAUAUUUCGACAAGCUGCGGCCGGAAGAGUUCCACCCCAUAAGAAAUGAAAACCUUCGCCAUGUAGACCUUUAUCGCUAUGAUGAAAGCUGGGAAGUCCACCCUCCUAAAAUUCUUGAGGAGUUUUAUCGGGUUCUCCCCGCGAGUGACACUCUAUCGGGGAUCGAGAGGAAAAGUAUGCUCGACAGCCUCAAGCUCAAGUCGGACCAACCACGAUGUGUGAUUGACCUUCGAAAGGAAGCCGAUUUUGACCAGUGGCACCUCCCAGGAUCUAUGAACGUCCCACUGCACAGCAUCGAUAAGAAUGCGGCUGGACCGUUUUCUGAUGCCUCAGUUCUUGAGGCACAGUGGCUAGAACUCGAGGGAUGGUUUAGCCACGGUGCGGAGAAUGGUUCAGCGUUAACGGGGCUAAAGGAGGGUGGAAUACAGGUUCUGCUUCUAUGUUACAGCGGAGACACAUCGCGUGUGGCUACCAGCGUUUUGCGGGCCAAGGGAGUUGAGGCAUGGUGUAUCCGUGGCGGCUGUCAGGCCAUUUUUGGUAGAGAGUUGGAGCUGGUGGGCGCUUUUGGCGUGCAAGGUACCAGGUCCAGCACUAGAAAGGACGUUCGACCGCAGCUGGCUCCUAUUAGGAUUAAUUAA